AGACGGGCGGCCAGCCGGCCCGGACGAACGCGCUGUUACAGCGCUGGAUUUCGGUGACCGGAAAGCACAACGCGGGGACCACUAGAGAGGGGCCCCCAACCGAGGAGGACCGCCGAAAGGCGGUCGCCAAUUCAAGCAUGGAGCAGUUCGAGCAGCUGCUAACCUGCGCAAUAUGCCUGGAUCGAUACAGAAAUCCGAAGCUCUUGCCAUGUCAACACAGCUUUUGCAUGGAACCGUGCAUGGACGGCCUUAUCGACUAUGUUCGUCGACAGGUCAAAUGUCCGGAAUGCCGUGCCGAACAUCGUAUACCAUAUCAGGGCGUGCAAGCCUUUCCGACCAACGUGACGCUGCAGCGAUUCCUGGAAUUGCAUAUCGAGAUCACGGGAGAACUGCCGGACCCGACCAGUGGUCAGACCAUGGAACGCUGCGGCGUUUGCUCGGAGAAGAGUUACUGUCAGCUGUGCGUGCAUUGCGAGAAGAAAUGCUGCCCCGAAUGCAAGGACGCGCACAUGGAUAUCCUGAGACGCGAAAUUGCCCGCAUUAAUUCUCAGGUGCGCAGGGGGCUGCACAGGCUGCAGGACGCGCUGGCCCUGGUGGAGAAAAACACGCUGGGCCUGCAGACAAACUGCGCCUCGGUCGCCGAGGAGGUGGACGAGAUUUAUCGGAGGCUGAGCAAGGCUUUGAAAGACCGCACGGAACAUCUGCGUAAUGAGGUCGAUCGAUACCUCGGCACCGAGCUCAGAGGCCUGAUUCAGCUCAAAGAGAAUCUCGAAUUGGAAAUCGCGAAUAUCCAGAGCAACUGCGAUCUGGCGGAGGCGCACAUAAACGAAAACGUGCCGUGGGACGACGCCGAGCUCCUGGACACAAAGGAGCUCUUCCUGCGUACGGUGGAAUUUAUCAGGAACUUCGAAUACGAGGCGGGGGAUUACAACCGACGAGUCCGCUUCGUGAUGGCGCACGAUCCGAAUCAGCUUGUCCUUCACGUGGCGGGCUACGGCGAAUUGAACAUUAAACCGGAAAGCGGAAGCGGCGGAUUGCUGGGGAGCUCCAGCAGUUUAGCCCCGCCGGUGGGCUCGCCCGGUCUUAUGAGGAGUAAGAGCGAUCACCGUCUCGCAUCGCAGUACAGGCAGCAAGAGGAGGAACGACUGGCCAGGAAUCGAUACGUUCCCGAAUACGAGUACGACGCGCCGGAGUACGAGGUGCCCAGGAACAAGGUGUCCAGGUAUAGGAGUCGAUUUAUGCGGCAUCGGGACGGCGACGAUUCCGACGGUGACACCAGAUCGACGGUGAGAUUCACGUCGGCGCCUCAGGAGUCGUCCAGUCUACGGGAGCGCGUUUUGGACACGGAGGACGCCGCGCGCGGUCCGCUGUCCGGUAUAUUUCGUCUCACGGACUCGCCGCGGGUGAUGAAGAAGCUGCAGGAGUGCGAGCGGGCCGGCAAGCGGAAGAAGGAGGAGCCGGCGAGUCAACCCAUGCCGCAACCACAACCGCCUAAGCCACAGGUACAAGUGAGAAAGGUAUCGACCGCGGUGGCGAGACAGACCAGCGAGGACGACGAGAUCUCGAGGAUCAAGAAGCAGAACAAAAAUGCCGCGGCGACCGCCGCCGUCCACGCGGAGACGGUGGAGGAGAGGCAGCCGACUUCGGCGCCGGCCCCCGUUCAUCUGCCGUCACCGAGGGAGCUUCCGGAACGGGAACCCGAGGAGCAGCCGGUCAGGAGAUCAUCGGCCAUCGCGAGGAGAACUUCGGCGGAAACUCACGCUCCCCCCGCGGCCAGGAGUGCCUCGUCGGACUCGAGCACCGGCUCCGAGAGCUCGGCGGGAUCCGGAAUACGCAGUACGGGCGCGCCGUUCACGACCGAGGAGAUGAAGCAGAAGUACCUGUCGAGGGCGCCUCCGACCAGCACGACGACCACAAUCUCCACUACGACCGGCAGAGAGUCAUCGAACACCGUCCCGCCGGCUCCCAGAGCGCCGUUUCAGAGCCGUUUUUUAGGCGCAGGUAACCGUGCGGCUCCACCGCCGCCGGUUCAGACGCCACGGGAGGAACCAGCGGCGAAGAAGAAGGAAGAGGAGGAGGAUGAAGACGAAGAGACAAGCAGCUCUUCCGAGGAGACGGAGUCAGACACCGAGGAAGAGUCGGAAACGGACGGUCGUCCGGCCAAGACUACCCCAACCACGGCUUCCGCCACUUCUCAGGAUCGUCAGAGAAGCGAAUCCGCCAUGGCCCGCACCGACAUCGGACCUCUUCUCGCCCGCAGCGCCGAAGCUAGAAGAGGAAGCAAGGAAGAUUCGCCUUCCACCAGGUAUUCGUCGCCGAGGGGCAGCCCCGCGCAAUCCGUGACGACGAUGACGACGACGACGACGACGCCGAGCGGUGGCGGCGGCGGCGGCGGCGGCGGAGGUGGCGGCGGCGGCGCCGCGAUGACGACGACGUCGACACCGGGCGGCUACACCAGCAGAUUCUUGAACAAGAGCAGGAGCCAGGCGGCGAUGAUGGCGUCUCGUGAACGGGAACGUGAACGCGAGCGCGAGCGCGAGCGGGAUCGCGACCGCGAGCGGGAGCGUGAGCGUGAGCGGGAGCGCGAUCGGGACGUGGAUGCGGAGCUCGACUCGCCCUUGUCGACGAGAUCGCGCUACGCGGCUCUGAAGGAGCGCCGACAACGCCUGGCCCGUUCCAGGAGCUCGCACAACUUCGGCGGCGACGACAUCGACCUGGACGAGGAACCACCAUCGCCGACGACCCAGUCGCCGAACGCCUACCUGGCGGCGAAGUACGGCGCCGGAUCCGAGCUGGCGCGGAGUCGCAGCACCCACGCCCUGAAGUCGAGGGAGCCGAGCCCGGAGCGUGAUCGACCGGGCGCGGAGAAGGACGGCGCGGCCUUAAGCUCCUGGGCCAGAUACCUCAAGAACAAAUACGGCAACCGCACCACCAAGGACAAGGAACCGCCCUCCUCGUCCUCCACGAUACCUUCGUCCAGCACCAGCGCGGCUUCGCGAAGGUUGUCGUUGGGCUUGCCUCUCAGGCACGGCGGGCAAGCAUCCUUCGAAUCUUCUGACGACGACCAAAAAAACCCGUCAGGCUCCCCCACGUCCCCUACAGCAGCUCCCGUUACACUCGCGGCAGCAGGUUCCUCCACUAGCAAUGGUCGGAGGAGUCAUUACUUGCUGAAGCGACGGCAGCUGUUUAAGUUCGGGAUGCGGGGGAGCGAAGCCGGAUGCUUUACCUUUCCUAGAGGCCUCGCAGUCGGUCCGGACAACUCUAUCGUCGUGGCCGACAGCUCCAAUCAUCGUGUUCAAGUAUUCGACGGUAAUGGGAACUUAAUAAAGGAGUUCGGAACGUACGGCAGCGGCGAGGGCGAGUUCGAUUGCCUCGCCGGGGUGGCCGUAAACCGGAUCGGGCAGUACAUCAUCGCGGACCGCUACAACCACAGGAUCCAGGUGCUCGAUCCGUCCGGCCGCUUUCUGCGGGCCUUCGGCUCCCAGGGCACUGCCGACGGCCGAUUCAAUUAUCCAUGGGGCAUCACCACCGACGCCCUCGGAUUCAUCUACGUAUGCGACAAGGAGAAUCAUCGCGUGCAGGUAUUUCAAUCAGACGGCACGUUCGUGGGUAAGUUCGGCUCGUGCGGUAGCGGACGCGGUCAGUUAGAACACCCGCACUACAUCGCGGUGAGCAACACCAAUCGGGUGAUUGUCAGCGACGGCAACAAUCACCGUAUCCAGAUAUUCGACGUGAACGGCCGCGUAUUGUCGUCCUUCGGCUCGGAGGGCUCGGACGAGGGUCAGUUCAAGUUCCCGCGAGGCGUCGCCGUGGACGAUCAGGGCUACAUCAUCGUCGCCGACUCCGGCAAUAACCGCAUACAGAUCUUCAGCCCCGACGGCACCUUCCUCAAGGCCUUCGGCUGCUGGGGCAUCGGCGACGGCGAAUUCAAAAGCCUCGAGGGCGUCGCCGUCACCUCCACCGGGAACAUCGUCGUAUGCGACCGCGAGAAUCACCGAGUCCAAGUAUUCUGAGUUCGUCAAGUACGUUGAUUAUUUGGUUUCAUUUAAUGCCAAAAGAGCUUUUUUAUCAAACGAGUACCUACGUUGUUGAUCGAUAUAUUCGCGUUUAUUAAUAUUGUUAAUGAUGAGCGAAUAUUCAGAAAAUGGACAACGCCGCAUAUUUGGAUAGAAGAGUGUAUCGACAUCUACGAGUCGGAAUAAAUAUCUGCGGAGUCGAGUUUCAAUAAUUUCGAAUAGCUUUUUCGCACCGACUUUUUAUCUGAAAUCUCUAACGAAUAGCAAAGCUCGAAAUUGAAAAAAGAAGUAGAAAGAAAUAGGAAAAGGAAAUAAGAUAUGAAAAAUAACUUAUGGAGGGUAAAUUAUUUUAAUUUUAUAUUGAUAUAUAACGGUUUGAAAAAUAUACUUCAAUAUCGGAUUUUUUAAUUUAGUGAUUUUUAAUAACAACAUUCUGUAAACAUGUCUUGUCUCUAGGUUUGUUUCUAAAUUGAAUGUGAAAUAUCAUUACAGCCAGUUUUAUUCGUUUAUCAUAAAUAUUAACGUAGACAUUUUUUCUAUUUACUACUCGUAAUUGGAAAACCUUUUUAUAAAAUUUGUUAUAAUUUAUUUCACUCUUUGUUGCCCAGAAAGCGACUUUCGUUAUCUGAACGUAAUAAAUUCAUCACAUUUGUAGUUUCUGCCUAACGAAAUGACGGAGCACGAAAAUAGUCUUUGCAAAAAAUGAUAACUUUCGCUCCUCUCCAUGAAUAAAAGAAAAUCCAUCGUCAUAAAAACGAAAACAGUUAUUUGCCUCGGAUUGCACUGUAAAUAAUUAAUAACUUUGAUGUGCGUAAAAUUCUGAAUUUAAUUUUUUGGUUCUCGCUGAAACUAAAUUCAUAUUAACAAAAAAAUUUGUCAUAACUAAUAUUAUUUUUACGCAGAGAUGAAUCUAUUAUCAAGUGAAUCAUUUAAAGCGCGCAAAUUUUGAUUAUUUAUUCUCUUUCUAUUUUUCUUGUUUUGCGACCAUUCGAGCCGCUAGCAGCGUAGAAUUCGCGAAAUAAAAAAUGAUACGCGUUUUCUGUUUCGAGCUAAUUUCUUUAAUAUCAAAAUUUUCCGAACGAAGCCAGUCUCAACGCUCCCGCGUUUCUAGUUGCGAAACACGUAGAUCUGCCAUUGCUUUUCCGCGGUUUACCGCGAUCGUUCCUCGUGUCACUUUGACGAAUAUUGGAAUUCAUAUACUCGGUGCACGACACGAUAUAGGAUGAAAGAAAUAUCGGAACGGACGGAAUGGCAGAGAGAAAAGCCUGAAAAGAAUAUAAAAAAAAUAGAACAGCAAUCGUAUCGACGAGCGCGUGAAUAGAAUCGCGCCGCUCGCUCGGCGGCGAGCGGUCCGAAUUCUCGGGGAAAAUCUUGGACGCCCCCGGUCGAUUCUCCGUACGGCAGCUUCGAAAAAUACACACACGGUUCGUGUGUUUGCCUUUUCGUCCCUGUCUAUCUUACACUCCCGCUAUCUCUCCCGCCUGUCUCUCUCUCUCCUUCUCGUACACGCAAGAUAUCCGAGCGACUUAAUUUAAUUUAUAUGCAAAGUGACAGCAAAUAAAGUUUGUACCGUUUGUAUGCUUUAAAUAAACUGUUGCGGAAAAGGAA